UAUCGUGUACGUUGUUACUAGUUUAUUGUUAAUAAACAUUUUUUAUUUCAAAUUAACCAAUAAUUAAGGUGUUUUAUAUUUCGAUGCAAGUGCGCGUGACAUAUUUUAAAGUGCCGCGUAUAUAAUAAUAGACACAUUUUCCUCAACAGCAAGAACAAAGGGAAUAUAUUUCCAAAAACGUUAACACUUUCUGACGCACCAGCCUGUUGAUCUUAAACACGUGUUAUGAACAGUGCAUACGUGAAAACGAGACGAUGCGAGCGUUAGACACGCGCGUAUAAUAAAAAUUGAAUGCAAAAAUGAUUAAAAGAAACGGUGAUAAUGUAUUUGCGAUCGCGUCGAACAACAAUCAGUGUCAAGGCGUGCGGAGCGCUGUCUCGCUCUGUCCUAGCAGCGGCGCGGCCACGAGGAUUCCGCGAGCCACUACCGUCAGGAUGACGCCGCCUGACGCGCACCAAAACACCAAAGAGGCGAACAUUGCGCUUUCAAUUUAUGUCGAGAAAUGGAAAAACAAAUAUGAAGAGGCUGAGAGGAAACACAAAACAAACCUUCUCAAAUCAGAAAAAGCUAAACGUGAGCACGAUGACUUACAACGGCGGUACAAUAUCGUUGUUGAGGAGAGGAAUCAUCUGGAAGGCGAGCUUCGGGAGAGGGAACGGGAGUUGAACAAACUGAGAACAGUAUCAGAAAAACUAUUUCGAGAGUACCAACAGUUGAAGAACCAGCAUGAAGUCGAUGCGGGUGUUAUGCACAAGGUUAUGCAACAGGCUGGUGAAUGGUACAAACAGAACAAACAACUGAAGAGGCGGAGUACGGCGCUCCUGCAAGCGUUGCCGACGAAAACCGUUGAAAUAGACUUAACGGACUCCACCGACACAGCAUCCGAUACAAGCAGUAAUGAAGAGGUGGAAUUCCUGAAACAAACCGUAACAGAGCUGAGUCGUCAGAUAGCCGAGCUACAGACGGAACUUAACACCGUAAAGUUGCAGGAGUUUGAAGCUCAAGAACUGAAUGUGACAUUAGCGCAGGAACUAGAGACUGAACGAGAAAAAUGCGCAUCACAAGAAAAGGAAUUGCAGGAUAUGCGUGGCCAACUGGAGAGCCACAACCGCGUCUCCAAGCUUCUCAUGGAAGAGGUCACUGCGCUCAAGGAAAACGCCGACAAGGAUAGGGAGAUGGCCGAGACAUACAAAUCGGAAGCCCGGGACGCAAAGAAGCGUGUCCGCGUGCUGACACAUCAGAGCGCGCUGCUGGUGGGUGAACUAGGGCUAGACGAGCGACUUUCAAUGCUGCUUGGGGAGGUCGACUGCCUCAAAGGGGCGCUCGAGAGCCAGGCUGCUCGCCACAGAGACCAACUUGAGGAAUUGCAGUUGAAAUUAGCUGAAAAACACGAAGAUACUGACAUAUUAUUAUGGGAGGAGAAAAUAAGACUAGCAGAGGAAGAUGCUCAGAAAGCAGUAGAACGAGCCGAGAGUGCAGAGAAGAAGCUAGCAGAAUUGGAGAAGAAGUUCUCAGACCGACCGAGGAGAGGGAAUCUCAUGUCUAGAAUUAGUUACUUCGAAAAUGGAGGGAGCGAGACACCAGAGAUGAAAAUGAAAGAGGUGAUCAAAGAAGAAAUCUUGGCGCCUGUUGCUCCAACAGUUCCUGAGCGUCCCCAAACCCCGCCCCGACCACCUUCGCCGUCCCCUCCACAACCUUUAAAUCCUCCAGAAGACACUUCGUCGCGAUGUCCGUCACCCACGCCACCCAACCCACCAGCAGCAAUAUCACCUCCUCCCCCGCCGCCACCACCAGCAUGUCCCCCACCUCCUCCCCCACCGCCGCCACCACCACCACCACCACCGCCAGCAUUCGUGUCAUCUGGAGCGGACGACAUGGCGAAGAUGCUCGCUGGAAAGCAGGGCACGUUGAAGAAAAGCAAGCAGAACGGAGGCGGCGCAAUUGACGCCAUAGUGGACCAAAUAAAAGGGGGCAAGUUCCAUUUAAAGUCCACAGAGCAAAACUUUAUGGAACGCAAACCGCGGGAGGACCAGCCUGAAGCGGUAAAGGAAAUGCUGCAAAUCCUUGGUACACUACGCAAACGCAGGAGCUUCGCGAGAGAACCGAACACGUGACCAAUGUGAUCCAUAUGGAAAAAGAUGAUAGAAGAUAUAAAAUUGACUGGAUUUUGAUAAAUAAUUAUUUACUGGUUUACCAAUAUUGAUAGCGGGUACCACAAUUAUUUGAACAAAUUAAAUAUAUUUACAACUGAUUGGUAGAAAGAUAUAGAUAGCAUUACAUUGCUUACAGAGAUAAGAAUUGAGAUGCUCAGUGCACUUUGUUGUAUGUUUAAGAGCUGAAACUUUCAUCUCAACAUAUAAAUAAAUAACUGUUGCAGGCUAUCAUAGGCGUAUUUAAGGAUAUAUCUGUCUGGUGGGCCGUGCCCAUCUCAAAAUUGUCCUGUAUUUACUCCAAGAUCAAGAAUGAAGCAUUCAGUUAUGAAUAAAAACGUGUUUGAGCACUUUUUUAAAGGGUUUGGCCCACUCUGAAUAAUAUUACAUCAAUGUAACCUAUGCUGGUAACACAAGAAAUUCUCGUUCAUUCACUCUUUCACUCGUUAUUUACUAAUAAAACUGCAUACUAAAAUGGAUAAAUAAAAAAUAAUCCUUUUCUUCAGCGCAAAUCAACUUAUAUAUAGAAUAGUCAUUUUGCGAUAACUAUUUUAUAAAUGACUCUAAAAAACCGUCAGCGGUUUGCUUUACCUUUAUAAAAACGAAGUGUGAAACAGAUCUAAUCUUAGAGAUGGAGGUAGUCACAGGGAAAUACCGUUGUAAUACUGAAUUACGGCAUUUUAUAUAAAAUAUAAUUUGCCCUAAAUAGGCGCCAUCUCCUUUAUUGACUUGGUAUCUAUCUAUAUAACUACGAAUUGUCAUACUAAUUAUAUACAUAACAGAAUAAUGGUCAUUUACCUAUAUUUUUCCUAACUAUAUUUUGUACUGAAUAUUAGUUUUGAUAUAAAAAUAUCUUAUUAUGAAAUAUAGUCUGUGUUUUAAUUUUUAUCAAACCAGAUUUCUGAUGGUAACAUUUCUAUUUCUAAUAUUUAUAAUAUAUGACAAUGUUUCAAUAGACUGAAAAUUAAAAAAAUAUUUUGUAUCAAAUUAGCAUUAAUCCUUAAUUUACACUACCGGACUACUCACAUCGUCCAUUAUUUAUGAUAGUAUAAACAAUGCGUGUCUGCGGUAUUCAGUCCACUGUGCCUAAUCUCUUCUAGUGUUCCACUUCGUUACUCUUAGAGUCACUGUCUAACUGUAUAAAUUGUAAAACUGUGACUAUACAAAGCAUGCAUUUAUGCAGUCUUAAAUGAAGCAGUACAUUCAUGGACAAAUAGUGCCAAUUUGACUGUUAAUAAGUGAUAUACUUAGGUAGUAAUUAAUUAUAAUGAACGAUGACUCAUAAUGCUAAUAUAUAAAUAAAAAAAUAUAUUAAAUUUAUGUGGUAGCAAAUAUAAUUAAGCUUCCAUCGAUAAUAGAAGAAUAUUUCGUUGAUAAAUCUGUUCUAAUUAAUUUUAAAUCGAAACUUUAAAUUUAUAAUCAAAACAUAUCAUACCUAAAUAUGACCACUUAUAGUGUAUUAUCUCCGUACAAUAUACUAUUUCCAUAUCUACUUUUACUAUCGAUUUUCCUAAAUGAUAUAUAUCUAAUAUAAAUUCAAUUUAGUACAAUGUAAACCUGUCCUAGGCACUACUGGAAUUGAUGCUGCCAUAUCAAAAAAAAAUAUUGCCAUUAGAUAGUUAAUUAUAUUUAUACAAUAUUUCGAAUAAUUAGCAUUUAUAUUUAUAUGAAAUGUUGAAUAAUAGAUAUUUGUUAAAUUUAUACAUGUACGAUUGUAGGGUAUAAAGUUAUUAAUAUAAUUAUGUAAUUUACAACUUUUAUUAAAUUUCUCGUAUAUAGCAAAACAUUUUGGAAAUCUAUAUUAGAUAGGUAAUAGGUUACUAAGGCCUAAAUAUAAACUAAAUAUAUUUAAUUGCGAAUAAACAUUCUUAUAAUAUGUCCUAUAUUAUUUUUGUUAGAAAUAAAUUCCAACUAUUUUUCAUAGAUGAAUAUAACAAUUAUAGACUUUUUUUAUUAUACGUGACUUAAUUAUGAUUAAGAUAUUAUUAUCGACCGAAUACUCCAUCUUAUAAGACUUUAGUAAUUAUAAGAUUCUGAUUAUAACAUAUUUGUAUAAAAAUAAAUUUUAAGUUUUGUAUAAAUAUAAUUAUUUUGAAUUUAUUACAUAGGUUUCCAUGUUACGAUGUUAUUAAUGAAAGAGUUACCUUUGGUGCCAUUGAUUUGUGUAUUCUAUGCAUCAAAACUCAGCAAAAACGGUCGAGGAUUUUUGUAAAGUAUUAUGUAGGCUCUAAGUAACAUUUACGUUUAUUUUUAAAUAAAUGAUUUAUAUCAAAGUAUA